ACCCGCGGCAGGCAUCGCGGGUGCCGGACGACCUCGGGCGGCGGCGGAGCAGGGCUCUAGAGAGCCCCGGAAACCGGCAGGUCUGCGCGUGGACCACGACGAACUGGCAUUCGCCGGAGUCGGGCGCAGCUGACCACCAGGACCCCGCAGCUGGCCGCGAUGGUGACCGGCGUGAGGCUCCUGCUGCGCUCCCUGCCACUGCUGCUGUGGAGCUGCCGGGAUGCACAGCCCGCCCGGCUAGGACGCCCGGAGCUGCGCCAGGAGGCGGAGUGGGUGACAGGUAACAAAUGGUACAAGCAGCAUCUCUCCUACCGCCUGGUGAACUGGCCUGAGCGCCUGCCCGAGCCAGCUGUUCGAGGGGCCGUGCGAGCUGCCUUCCAGUUGUGGAGCAAUGUGUCAGCGCUGGAGUUCUGGGAGGCCCCAGCCACAGGCCCUGCUGACAUCCGCCUCACCUUCUUCCAAGGGGACCACAAUGAUGGGCUAGCCAAUGCAUUUGAUGGCCCAGGGGGCGCCCUGGCACACGCCUUCCUGCCCCGCCGGGGCGAAGCGCAUUUCGACAGCGAAGAGCGUUGGUCCCUGAGCCGCCGCCGCGGGCGCAACCUGUUCGUGGUGCUGGCGCAUGAAAUCGGCCACACGCUCGGUCUCGCGCACUCGCCCGCGCCGCGCGCGCUCAUGGCGCCCUACUACAAGAAGCUGGGCCGCGACGCCCUGCUCAGCUGGGACGACGUGCUAGCGGUGCAGAGCCUGUAUGGGAAGCCUCUGGGACGCUCAGUGGCCACCCAGCUCCCCGGAAAGCUAUUCAUUGACUUUGAGGCUUGGGACCCUCACAACUCCCGGAGGAUACGCCCCGGAACCAGAGGUCCUAAAUUCUGCCACUCUUCCUUCGAUGCCAUCACUGUAGAUGGACAGUGGCGACUGUACGUCUUCAAAGGGAGCCACUUCUGGGAAGUCACAACUGACGGCAAUGUUUCAGAGCCCUGUCCCCUACAGAAAAGGUGGCCUGGGCUGCCUCCCAAUAUUGAGGCUGCUGCAGUGUCGCUGGAAGAUGGAGACUUCUACUUCUUCAAAGGGAGUCGAUGUUGGAGGUUCCAGGGCAUGAAGUCUGUGUGGGGUAACUCACAACUGUGCCGGGCUGGAGGUCUGCCCAGACACCCGGACGCAGCUCUCUUCUUCCCGCCUCUGCGCCGCCUUGUCCUCUUCAAGGGCACCCGCUACUACGUGCUGACUCGAGGCGGGAAGCAAGUGGAGCCCUACUAUCCUCGCAGCCUGAGGGACUGGGCUGGGGUCCCUGAGGAGGUCAGUGGCGCCCUACCAAGGCCAGAUGGCUCCGUCGUCUUCUUCAGAGAUGACCACUACUGGCACCUGGACCAAGCCAAACUGCGGGUGACCAGCUCCGGCCGCUGGGCCACAGAGCUGCCCUGGAUGGGCUGUUGGAAUGCCAACUCAGGAGGUGCCCUGUUCUGAAGGCGCCCCAUACUGAAUGAACAGUGGUUGCCCCCCCCCCCCCCCCCCCGCGCGCCCGAGGGGCGGGGCCUGUCUAGGAAGCCUUGAACCUCGCAUGAACUUCUCAGUAGCACUGGCUUCAGCAGGAAAUCUGCAUUUAUUCCCCGUGGUCGAAGGAGAAACAAAAAUAGGAUUUCCAUAGCCCUUUCCCUCAAGGACCUCCUUCCUUCCCACUCCUGAUGCUGAUGAAGAGACAUCUGUUCUGAGGAAAAUGCAGUCUCAUGCCCGUAGUGCUGAGUCCCACCAGAGAAGAUGCACAACUCAACUGGGGGUGAGGACCACUCUGCAGGACCUUCUUUUCUAUGCCUUUCAGGCUCAGUGCUUGGGAAAUCGCAUAUUAUUCCAUCAGAGACCUCACCCUACUUCCCACGCCCAGCAAGUUUGGAUGUGGCAAAGGCUCCUCUCCACCGUCAGAGGCCCUUUGUUGGAUCAAGAAGCAGAGCAGAAGGGAACAUGGUCCUCUUAGGCCUGACUUCUUGUCUGGGGUGAUAAAGAAGUACCCCUAGCUGGUCAGCCCAGAGGUGUAGCUGCCUUCCUUGGGCAGAAUCUUUCCACCCUUCUCAGUAGAAGCAGAUGAGUGUGGGGUGCUUGAGACACAGGGACCAUACUCUUAUAUCCAACUAAGAGAUAACCAGCUGUGUAUGGUUGUCAUGGAGAGUGGGGGUGCACCUGUCUUCAAAAAGCAGACCAUCUUCACCCAGUUUGACUUCCAGAUGGACGUCUUGUGCAGCAGGAAGAUGGCAGAGGGCCCUUCAGGGUCUGACCAUUGCAGGCACUGGGAAUACAGCCUCCAUAGUGCACUGCAGGUUGGGUGAGGCCUGUUUGCUCUCAAUGGCCCCAUUCUCCAGGCCACACACGCAGCAGCAUUCCGAAGCUCAUGCUGUCUAGCCAAGAAUAGCUGGGAUUCCUGGAGAAGGAACCAGCUCCCCAGCUUUCCCCUUUUGUCUGAGCCAGUCUUGGUAUUAAUUUUAGCAUCUGGAUCUCCAUCCCACCCUGCCUCCCCCUCCACCUACCAAUGCCUCUGCACACACACACAUACACAGUGACCACCGAGAGCCAGCUCUCAGGGAGGGGAGAACGAUUUGGCAGGGGAGCAGCCCACAGUUCCCCAGAGGCAUUGCUGGCCCUGUGCCCUCCUUUCUUCUCUGUGCAGUGGACAGAAUGGCCUUUGACUGCCCUUAGAUGCAAGUACUUUGUACUGCCCAGUCCUGGGGAGACCAUGGAGGAACUUCCCUGCUAUCCCCUGCUUUCUGGGUUGUACUCAGGAGAGAGAAAGGAGGGUCCCAUCUUUAUCACCCCACUCUACUUCAGGCGACUCUGAUUAGAGACUUUAUUGAGGGUUUAGAGGGAAAGAGGUACUUUCUUAAAGGGCAGAGGGAACCCCGAGGCUGUUUUUCUCCAGGCGAUGCCCCUGUUCGCCUGGCCAGAAAGACAUGAAAAAGAAUACAGGUGAGGCUGUAUUGGAGGCGGGGUCAGGAGAGCUGUAGAUGUUGGGUACUGUCUGGGGAGUAGUGCCUAGGUUUUGCUGUAGUUCGGCAAGACAACAGGUGUGAACCGACAGUGGACCUUUUCACCGGAAGGAGGCGCCAAGGACGGCGGUUUGAAAGGACAGCUCUGUGGAACGCACUAGAGAUAGAAGAGUUUGGAGCUUUGCGGGUGCAGAGGCUGGGACUGGAUGCACUCAGAGCUCUUGGCGGCUUCCGCCUUACCCAGGUCAGGGUGCUCUAGAAUACAGUGCUCUAUGUAGGCCGGGUGGCUAUGCAGGCUCUUGCAUUUCUUGCAGAAAAGGAUCUCGCAGCGCGCACAAACCCCGCGGCGCGGUGGCCGCCGUCGCGUCUCCAACACGCACGGUUCUUCCGGCGCACCACGCUUCCUACGGGCGGGGGACGUGAGUGCUCAGUAGCCCUGAGGCCCUCCUCCCUAAAGCUCGGCCCCGGGUGCUUGCAUCUCACCUGUCCGCAGGGGCCGCCAGGCCACCCAGCAGCGCGAACGGGCUGAGCCAGCCCCAGAAGCCGCUGUCCGAGCGUCGCAGCAGCGCCACCUGCUGGGUGCUGGGCUCCUGGCGCAGCGGGCAGUAGCACACCGAGAGGGCCUCGCGCUCCUCCGCGUCGCGGGCGUCCUCCUCGACCUCCGCCGUGCCCUCGGGAUCCUGCUUCUCCACCUCCGACGAUGACGAUGACGACGAAGACUCGUCCUCCAGCUCCUCCUCUCUGGCUUCGGGCUCCUCCACCUCCUUCUUCCACAGGGGGGUCUUCACGCCUGCAGGCGGGGAGGGGGAGCCUGAAUCCAGCAUGCCUGGGGGAGAUGCCACCGUCCAGCUGCUGCCUGCCAAACGGCUUCCGAGUCCCAGAUUCCCCGACUGCGGCCAAGUUCCCGCCCUCCUGAGCUUCCUUGCUAAGCAUUCCAAGCAAGUCACCUCGCUUCCAUCAAGCUCCAUUUUUUUUUUUCCGUCUCUGAAGCGGGAAAAGUAGCACCUACCUCAAAAGUGAUUGUGAGGCUGACUCUAGAUAGUGUCUGGGUAAAGCACACAGUUCCUGCUUGCUGUUGUGCAAGCAAUCAACGACAUAUAUUGCCAACACGGAAGGAGGAGGGUUACCCAACGUUAAUAAACAUCAAUUGCUACUUCAA